AUGAUAGUUGUUGCUGUUAUAGUUGAACAGGGUGGAUCCCUGAUACUUUGUUCUGGUACAGAGCGGAGUUUUGCUCUGGCAGAGUGGUAUUUCCUCUGGAAUUUGGUCCCUGGAGGUAAUGAGUUUAAUACGGAAUGGAACAGACAUUCCAAACUUACAGAUAGGGAAUUCCGCAUUGCUACCACUGGUCUUCUAAACGGUGGCAAGGUUCAACCCCUAGAUGUGACUGCCAUUCGAGACCAUAUGACUGCAGUAGCUGCUGAACAUCAGAAAGCACAAAAACGUCGCUUUGAUAAAGAUAUUCACGAUAAGGUUAGCAGCGUCUUAAAACAGCUUAGUUUUAAAGAAACCACUUCAGGAAAAGAAGACGGUAACAAAUCUAUCCAAAAUUCCAAGGAAGUAAAUGAAGAAAGUACUUCAGAAGCAAAUGGUAAUUUUUUUGAUGGUGAAAUCAAUCUCGUAAGUAAUGAUAAAGAUAAUAAUGAAGGUUCAGAUAGUGAUGAACACUCUGAUAAACAUGAAGAAUCCUCGGAAGAAUCAAAUAGUGAGCAAGAUUCCGAAAGUGAUGAAAAUUUGGAGGAUAAUAAUGAAGACAGUGAAGACAAUAGUGAUGUCUAUGGUAUGGAUGUAAAGUGGAAGGAAAAUUUAGCCCAAAAAGCCAAAGAUUCUUUCGUGAACCGUCAAAAUACAAAUCAUAAUAUAAUGAAAUUAGUAUAUGGUGUAUUUGAUUCCAAACAUAAUUUUGUGACUCAAGAAAGUGAAAGUAGUAGCGAUGACGAAGAUAAUAUAGGAGGACUUUUUAAGAAAGCGUCAAGGGAUCAAGAAAAGUUAAAACUUAAUAAAGAUAGCAUGAAUUUAACUGAGUCAUCAUUAAUGUUACCUUGGGGCGCUUCGACAAGAGACUGGCUAGAUACAGAGAACAAAGCUCUUAUUGCUAACUGUUUUGUAACCGGAAAGUGGAAAGAAUCGGAAGAUGCAGCAGAACUCCUGAAGUUAGACGACACUGAAGAUUUAAGUGAUGUAAACUCAGAAAUAUUCGGCGACUUUGAAGAUCUCGAAACAGGACAGAAAUUUGAAACAUCAAAACUGAAAACCGAUCAGAAACAGGCAGAAAAGCGUAAAAGAGAAGACAGCGAGAAAGACGAAGAGGCCGACAAGCAAGCUCUUGUAGAGAAGAAAAGGAAGCUGAAAGAAAAAUUUGAUGCAGAGUAUGAUAAUACUGAAAAGACCAGUUAUUACGAUGAUCUGAAAAUGACGGCUGAAAAACAAGCUCAGUUGAACAAAACAGUUUUCGAUAGCAUGCCUGAUGAGGUUAGGGUGCAGAUUGAAGGAUUUAGAGCUGGAAUGUAUGUUCGAAUAGAAUUUGAGAAUGUGCCUGCCGAGUUUAUCACUAAUUUUGAUCCGACUUACCCGUUGGUUAUAGGAGCCCUCAAUAUGGGUGAAGAAAAUAUAGGAUACGUUAAUGUUAGAAUAAAGAAACAUCGAUGGUAUAAUAAAAUAUUGAAAACAAAUGAUCCGUUAAUAAUUUCCUUGGGAUGGCGAAGGUUCCAAACAAUACCACUUUAUUCCAAAUUAGAGGACGAUUUGAAAUACAGAUAUUUAAAAUACACUCCAGAGCAUCUUGCCUGCAACGCCCACUUUUGGGGACCGAUCACGCCUCAAGGUACAGGUUUUUUGGCGUUGCAAGUCGUCGACUCCUCACAGGAAGUAGUUAAAAAAUUAGGCUUCAGAAUCGCAGCCACGGGAACUGUUCAAGAAUUAGAUAAGUCUACACAAAUAAUGAAAAAAUUAAAACUUAUCGGCUACCCACUAAAGAUAUACAAAAAGACAGCAUUUGUUAAAGGAAUGUUUAACUCUGCGUUGGAAGUUGCUAAGUUUGAGGGAGCACGUAUUAAAACGGUUUCUGGUAUCAGAGGACAAAUAAAAAAGGCUGUUAAUAAACCAGAGGGAUGCUUUCGUGCUACAUUUGAAGAUAAAAUUCAGUUAAGUGUGAAAGUAGACGAGUUCGAAAUCGAUUUUGAAGAAGACAUCAACAAUCAGAUUUCAGACUCGUUAGAAAAUGAUAUUUUGCAGUUGCAGGACGAGGAAAUCGACGACGAAAUAGAUUGUGAUAAUACUGAUGAGGCAUACCAUUUUCAAAGAGACGAUGUUGCUUUAUUAGGAUUCUAUAAAUACUUCAAGGAAGCUUCUGAGGAAGAAAGAGAACAUGCUUAUAAGCUUUUGGAGUACCAAAACAAGAGAGGUGGUCGUGUUGUGCUGACCAACAUUGAAGCUCCUGAAAAACAAGAAUGGCACAAUGCCGCAGAAGCCAUGAAUGCUGCUCUCGAUUUAGAGAAAAGAGUAAAUGAGGGGUGGAAAAUCCACAUGGUCCAUCUGCUUUUACAUGAGAACGACAAAGCAAAGUAA